AUGCAACGUCUACAGGAUUUCAAGUCAGCUUUCGAAAGCAAACAAGCCCUUGUCAACUACCUAGAAGCUCCCCGUCCGGAGGGAGAAAAUCUCUUAGAGCUUGAAGGGUUCAAUAAACGGUGGAAUAAUGUUGAUCUAGCACCUUCUCCUCCCCAGGAUCGGAAGUGGACCCAGUGGACCUUUCUCGCCUUUUGGGUAGCUCAUGCCGCCGGUGCCGGUUCUUGGACGGCAGGAUCUAGUCUCAUCAAUGUCGGACUAGCGCCUCGAGAUGCGUACCUCGCUAUUGCAACGUCCCACUUAUUGAUCACUCUAUUGAUUGUUUUGAACGGACGUGGCCCGGCCAGGUAUCACAUAGGGUUUCCCGUAUUCGCUCGUACUUCCUACGGUAUGUGGGGAUCAUAUAUGGCUAUUGCCAUGCGAGCAAUCGUAUGCAUUAUUUGGAAUGGAACGAAUUCAUACUAUGGAGGGAGAUGUGUAAGUGUUGCACUUACCGCCAUUUUUCCCGGCUACAAAAAUAUCCCACCUCUUCCUAAAUCGGCUUCUAUUUCUAGUCCUGACCUUCUCUCUUUCUUCAUUUUCAUGGUUUUCUUCACUGGGAUCUCCUUCGUGCACUCCCGAGACCUCAAGUGGUUCUACAUUAUCAAAUCAAUAUUUGUCUUCGCCGCUAUGCACGCCAUUCUUAUCUGGUGGGUGGUCAAAUCGCAUGGGGUAACAUUUGCCUACAUUGCUGUGGACAAACCAGUCUCCACGACUGCUCAUAUCUGGCUCGUCCUGAGAGCUUUCAACACGGGUCUUGGGACGGCCUCCAGUCUCACAGUCAACCAGGGAGAUAUGGCAAGAUAUGCGGACAAACCGGGAAGCGCCAUAUGGACUACACUCAUCGGCUACCCUAUAGCCUCGGCUUUGCCCUGCUUAUACGGCAUCUUAGUUGCCGCUGCUGGGCGGAAAAUCACUGGAAAGGCAUUUUGGAACCUCUGGGAUGUACUCGACUACAUGUUAGAGCAAUACCCACAUAAUCACGGCGCCCGAUUUGGUAUCUUCCUUUGUGCGAUAGCCAUCGCCCUCUCGUAUCUAGCUGUCAAUCUAGCGACGAACUCUCUCCCAUUCGGUUCGGACGUUACCGCAAUGUUCCCUCGAUGGAUGACCAUCCGUCGGGGACAAGUGCUUUGCACCAUCUUAGGAAUCGCGAUAGUUCCAUGGAAGCUACUCAACAACGCUGCUGCUUUCCUGACUUUCUUGAGCGGUUACGGGUAUUGGCUCAGUCCUAUUGCCGCCAUUAUGUUCGUCGAUUACUGGAUUGUCAAAAAGGGAAACAUCUCUACCCCCGACCUCUAUAUUGGCUCCUCUUCCUCAAGAUAUUGGUUUUGGAAAGGGAUAAAUUUAAGAGCCACAAUUUGCACCAUCGUCGCCCUUUUACCCUGCCUGCCUUCUCUAGCUUGGUCCAUUGCGCCAACAAAAGUUCACAUCGCCCCGGCGGCUCAAAAUCUGUUCUACAUUUCUUUCGUCAUGACGUGGGCGAUAGCCGCGGGGAUGUACUAUGUGUCUUACCUGAUCUUUCCAGAAAAGGAUCUGGCUCUGGACGAAAGAAAACUCGCCUUCGAAGAAAUGGCCGAUGAGAUCGACAGACUGGAGCUAAAUGGCGAGCUAGCUUGGAAUGUACAAACCCAGACUCCAGUCGAAAGUAUCGACGAAAAGGGCGAUCAAGAAGAUCCAGAAAAAGAUACGACGACAAGCUAUGUGCUUGCGGCUCGCUAA